AUGAAACCAUCGCAACUCUCACCCAAAGAAGACGGAGACCAACCAGAAAGCGAGAAAGUAAUGAUCGACACGGAGAAGCAGCCCCUGAGCAACAUCCCUUCAGACGAGUUGCUCGACCGGCUCCAAAACUCCCAUGAGGUCCAGAAAGUCGUCCGCGAAGGCAUCCUGCUCGCGAGCGGCGCCGCCGCCAUCCUCCUCCAGGUCGCAAUGCCCGGAGUGGCCAAAGGCGUCGACAACCACAGCAGCUUCGCGUACAAGCCACUGCGCCGACUUCGUACGACCCUCACCUUCGUCUACUGCAUGUCGUUCGGCACGCGCGACGAGAAACGCGCCCUCAUCACCAUGGUGAACCGCGCCCACGCCGACGUCCAAGGCCCGGACUACUCCGCCAACGACCCCGAGCUCCAGGUCUGGGUCGCCUCGACGCUGUACGCCAGCGGCAUCUUCAUGUACGAAGAAGUCUACGGCCCCAUGGACUCCGCUCGCGCCGACCACGUCUACCGCGAGUUCUCCGUGCUCGCCGUCUCCCUCCGCGUCCCGUCCGAGAUGUGGCCUCCCUCGCGCAAGGCGUUCUGGAAGUACUGGGACUCGGCUGUUGAGAAGUUAGAGAUCACACCCCAUGCGCGACGCGUCGCGCACGACCUCCUGUGGAAUAAGCAUCUGUUUCUGCCCCUGCGGAUGGGCCUGCCUGUUGUGCGGCUAAUGACGGCGCAGAUGCUGCCGGAUAGUGUGCGCGAGGCGUAUGGGUUGAAGACGGGCAGGUUCCAGAGGAUCUUUUACAGCUCAGUGAUACUGGGGGCUAAGAUUGGUUAUCCUGCGAUUCCGAGAUUCAUUCGCACUAUCCCGUUGCAGUUUUACAUGAAAGAUAUGAGGCGGCGGUUGAAGAAGCGCGGCCAGGUUUGA